AUGUCUGCUUCUCAAAUCUUACCUACUCAAUCUUUUAAUAAAUCUCUUUAUACUCCUUUAGCUACUUAUGAUCCUGAAGUACAAAGAAUUAUUGAAGAUGAGACUUAUAGACAAUACUCUGGAUUAGAACUCAUAGCAUCAGAAAAUUUAACUUCUUUAGCAGUCAUGGAAGCCAAUGGAUCGAUCUUAACUAAUAAAUAUUCAGAAGGUUUACCAAACGCAAGAUAUUAUGGUGGAAAUGAAUUUAUAGAUCAAUUAGAAAUCUUAUGUCAAAACAGAGCUUUAGAAGCCUUCAGAUUAGAUCCUAAAGUGUGGGGUGUAAAUGUUCAACCUUACUCAGGUAGUACUGCAAAUUUUGCAGUGUUUACAGCUUUGAUCGAACCACAAGAUCGGAUCAUGGGUUUAGGUUUACCAGAUGGAGGUCAUCUCACUCAUGGGUUUUAUACUGCCAAACGAAAGAUCUCAGCUUCAUCAAUAUAUUUUCAAUCGUUUCCUUACAAUAUCGAUCCUACUAGUAAAUUGAUUGAUUAUGAUUAUUUAGAAAACACUGCUAAGGUUUAUAAACCUAAGAUUUUGAUUUGUGGUGCUUCGGCUUAUCCACGUGAUUGGGAUUAUGCUAGAUUGAAAAAGAUUGCGGCUGAUCAAGGUGCUUAUUUGAUGAUGGAUAUGGCACAUAUCUCAGGUUUGGUCGCCGGUCAAGCUCAAAACAAUCCAUUUGAAUACUGUGAUAUAGUAACGACGACGACUCACAAAACUUUACGAGGUCCUAGAGCAGGAAUGAUCUUUUUUAAAAAAGAUUCCGAUUCGAGUAUUGAAGCCAAGAUCAAUAAUGCAGUCUUUCCAGCUUGUCAAGGAGGACCACAUAAUAAUACGAUUGCAGGAAUUGCAGUGGCAUUGAAACAAGUCAUUGAUCCGGAAUUUCAAUCUUAUGCUAAAGCCGUGGUGGAGAAUGCUAGAGCACUUGGGGCUAGAUUGAUCGAAUUGGGUUAUGAACUUCAAACCGGUGGAACUGAUAAUCAUUUGGUUCUUUGGGAUUUGAGACCGAUUGGUUUGACUGGUAGUAAAGUUGAAAAGAUUUGUGAUUUGUGUCAUAUUACGAUUAAUAAGAAUGCAGUAUCAGGUGAUACAUCAGCACAAGUACCAGGAGGAGUUAGAUUAGGAACCUCUGCUUUAACCUCUAGAUCAAUGGGAACAGAAGAGAUGAAAGAAGUAGCCAACUUUAUGGAUCGAGUGAUUAAGAUUUCAUUAAAAUUACAAAAAGAAUGCGGAUCUAAAUUAUUGAAAGAUUUCUUAAAAGUUGCUAGUGAAGGUGAAGGUGAAGGUAGAAAAGAUUUAGAACAACUUAAGAAGGAGGUAGGUGUUUUUAGUCGUAGGUUUGGAUUACCUGGUGUGAAUGUUGAAGGAUUAAAGAAUAGAGAAGAUUAG